UGUGCUGUGUCGAGCUGAGCGACGCCGUUCAGUGCCCGCCAUACUUGUUACUUUUAGGACGCAAAGAGCGUUCUUUUUUUAUCUUUAUCCUGCGAUUUGAUAUCGUAAUUAAAUAAAUUGCAGAAUACGUGCUGUUCCUUGACGACAUUGAGAAAUUUGUUUGUGCGCGUGUGCUGACAAUUUUUACAUUAUUAACUAUACAUCUCCAGAGUGAUAAGUCAAGAUGGCUGAGCGAUCGAGCAACGGCGAGUACAAUAAGUAUCAAAUGGACGAGAGCGGCGAUGGUGGCAAACCUCGAAUUCCUUUGGAAAAAGAACGCGAUGAUAAAGACCAUCAAGUUGACAAAGCCGGCGAGUACGUGCGGGAAUUGUUGCAAGAAAAAUUGGGUCUCGAUGCACAAAAAUGGCCAAACGCUCUUCGUCUCAUAGAUCAAGAGAUCCAGAAAACCCAAGCAAUCGGGAAGCCCCUGAGGGAUCCGAAGUACGUGGACAUUUAUCGAGAGAAGCCAAUUCGAGUUGCGGUUAAGGUGCUGGUUCCAGUCCGCGAACAUCCCAAGUUCAACUUCGUUGGUAAACUCCUCGGACCUAAAGGAAAUUCCAUGAAGCGUUUGCAGGAAGAAACGAUGUGCAAAAUGGCCGUUCUCGGCCGCGGCUCCAUGAAAGAUCGACAAAAGGAAGAGGAAUGUCGACUGUCGCUCGACCCUAAAUAUGCUCAUCUUUCCGACGAUUUGCACGUUGAAAUUGCAGCCCUGGCUCCACCGGCUGAGGCACAUGCGAGAAUCGCAUAUGCUCUCGCUGAGGUACGCAAGUACUUGAUACCGGACAACAAUGACAAUAUAAGGCAGGAACAGAUGCGCGAAAUGGAGCUGAGCAUGGUCGACGAACCUUCGUCUGGCGAUGACAGGAGACCCUCGGCACGUGGUGGUAUUUUGAGACCGAGCAGCAGACCAGCACCCCCACGCUCCACGAGAGGUCCGUCACGAAUUGCGACGAUUUUGCCACCCCCGUCGAGCCGUGGACCGAUAACGCGGCCGGUACCAGCCAAAACGAAGGUCUUCUCGAUUCUGGAUCGCGCUAGGGUUGCCAUGGACCAGAGCUACGGCUACGACGAUCCAACGCCACCACCAUCCAGUCGGGGCGCCUCGCAUCACGAUUAUGAUUAUCAUGGUUCGUCGAGCAGCAGCAGUCGCUACGGUGAUCGCCAUUACACAUCGUCGGCAACGGACGACGUUUAUCCGUCCUCGAGAUACACGACUUAUGAUUACGAGGACGAGCCGGCGCCGCAUUCCUCCCACGAUUAUUACGAAUCGUCUGACUAUCCAGACGAUUCAUCGAGCCGUGCUUGGAAAUCGUACAAGACGACAACUACUGCGGGCUCGACCUCGCGCUAUCGCUCCGCUCCGUAUUCCCGACCUACGAAGUAAAUGCUUCAGUUUAUCCUUCGCAAAAAAAGAAAAACGAAAACAUACAUAAAAGUAUAAACUUUUAUAAAACUCUAUUGACGUUGAAGCUUCCUAAACUUCCUUCUCGUCCCAUAAAAUGGAUUAAACAGACCAAUAAAUGAAUCAAUAAAAAUGCCCCCUUCCUCGAUUCCCAUUUUACACAAGCGUAGCGCUCUCUCUGGCUCUAUCAACAUGUGUUUAAUCAGAAAACAAGCCACGAAAUCAACGAGCAAACGAAAAAUCACACAGAAAAUACAAAUAUGUAAAAAACAAACGAAAGAACAAACAGAACUGCUGUUAAUUAUUAUUCGAGGAAAAAACAAAUUGGGAAUCCGUAAAAUCAUUUUAAACAUUACACUAUCCCUCCCGACUAUUUACUACUUACUAGUAUAAUAUAAUAAUAUUAAUAUAAAAACGUUACGUUGGUCAUAACGAAUUCAGUGUUUAUCUGUGUACUUCUUAGAUACUCUAAAGACACACGAAAUCAUUAUUUCGUUUGAUUGUCCAUAAGAGCAAUCGAAGGGUUAAAUAAAACCAACAAAAAUUAUAUGGGCUUAGUAGAUACUUUGAACUAGUGCGAUAUAAAGCAACAUAAAACGAAAAAAAGAGAAAAGUUUAUUAAUAAAAUGGUACUCUCCCCGCCCCACCCCUCUUUGGGGGGGGACAUAAUAUACGAACGUAUUACGGAAUGUGAUUUUGGCAAAAUAAAUGAAAAGAAAAGCAACAAAUGUCACGAUAUAAAUAAAUAUUAUUUAUCUCACAACGAUUGAUCGACAACUCAGCACGUCGAACUAUGUAGUUGUGAUCGAUAUUACUAAUAAAUGAAUAAAUUGACGUAAAGUGUUAAUAACCAUGGCAACAUUAUUUCAGAAAACAAUACGAAAAAGGUAUUGAUGUUCAGAUCAUUAAAUUAUCCGCGAAUCAAUGAAAUAACGUUGUAAACAACAAACAAUUAUUGUAACAAAAUGAAAAAUCGACGAAAAUCUAUGUAUAAUUGGAAAAUCCGCUCUAAUACAGACAGUUAAUAAUAACAAA